CCGGGUGAUGCGAGCGAUCAUUUCACUUCCGUCCAUCAAGCGGUGCAGACGCAAAGAAAGCCGUCGUUGUAGUAACGUGCGCAGCGCAGCCUCCAGCCUGAAAGGUUCGUUCGGAUUCGUUCGGUGACAGAUUCGUACGCAGUAGUACGCCCAGAGUCUCGGCUGUUACUUCGCCGACGCUUCCCAUUUCCAUCGCCCAUCGGAGACAUCUGCUCGAUCCCGUUCUUGGCGUGCGUGUUCCCCAAAGUGCGUAUGUGCGUUUGCGUGUGUGUCGGUGCAUGAGAAUCGGGUCGUAUCGGUGUGCGGUGUAAGCCAGGUAGCGCAUCCCCGGGACAGGCGAGCGAGACAUAAUUGUGGCACAGUGAUCACCAACCGCGCGCGCGUUGAGUAAUCGUGGUCUCGCGUGCGUCCGUGCCAGUUUUUGUUCGGCCGUUCGUUCGUCCGCACCAGUCCAGUGUGCCAGUGUGUCCAUUACCGCGUGGUGUGCGGGUCAAACGCGUCGGUGAAUCGGUGACACAGCAUCCGGCCCGGCGAGGCAAGCCCGCUUCGGAGGAGGGCAAAUUUGCAUCCAACUCCAACGGGAGAGGCAGAUCGGCGCAGAUAGCAGCAGCAGCAGCAGCAUAUUUUUGCAACAUUAGCAUCAAUCCGACCGGAAUCGAUCAAGUGCAAACAAUUAUCCAUCAUGACGCAAACGAGUCGCCUGAUAGUGCUGGUCUGCCUGCUGUCCACCGUGGCGGCCAUUCCCGUCCGUCAAAGUCAGCUCCUGUCGGCGAUGCAGCGACAGUACGAGGCCCGCGCCGCCAAGGAAGCGGGCUACCUGCAGGAGCUGGAAGCUGAGCCCACCGGACAGGAGCCAGAAAGUGGCAAGGUGUCUUCGAACGGGGAAGCCGAACAGAGCAGCACCGCUGACUCCAACAUUCGUGAGCCACUACUUCCGAUUACGUUACCGCUGCCGAAUCUGCGCAAGAACAAGAUGUUGGGCUACUUUGGGCUGUACUCUCCGGCGGCGCUAAGUGCGGCAGCAGCUGCGGCUUACGCUCAACCCUACGGCUAUCCGCUGUAUCACUCGAUGCUGGACUACUACGACGACUACCUGCCGGUGGACAACUAUCCCAGCCUAAACAUGCUGGCCAACAUGCAAACCUACCCGCAGAAUGUCUACGCCAACAUGGCGAACGGAAUGGGCUCGUACCAGACGAUGAGUAACCUUUCGCCGAACCUUCAGCAACAGCUCAACAGUCUCGUACAGCAGCAGCAGCAGCAACAGCAGCAGAUUGGACAGCAGCAGCAGCAGCAGCAACAACAGGCCACGAACCCGCAGCUCGCCAACUUGGCUGGUUUGGAUGCGAAUGCUGCUGCGCUCGGCAGCUUCCAGAGUCUCGCCGCCAGCUUCGCGGCCGGUAAUGACAACUUCCAAUCGCUGGACGAUGAAGACAUCCUGUCCCGCCACAGCCAGGCUGGCCGUCGUCGCCCGGCAGUGAAGAACUCGCCGAUCUACUACAUCCGACUGCCCCCGACGCCGUACAUGUUCGUGCCCGGUGUUGGCUACAUCUCGCAACCUCCAACGAUCCAGCCGAUGGCCGCACCGGUCCCACAGUAUCCGCAGCUCGCACCACCACCGCCAGUGACGAUGAGUCCGUUCUACCAGCUGCCCAUUAACUUCGUGUCGAACGGCAAACCCUCCGGCAUUUACCAGUGGAACGGUGCGCCGGCUGCUCCGGCGGUACCACCGCAGCCUGCCUUUGCCCUGCCGUACCCGCGCCCACAGCGACCCGCCUUCGCACCGUCACCGUUCAUCCAGGACUCGAAGAUUACGCACCUGAAGGGUCCGUUCCUGUUCAACGGCCGGCCGGAGGAGAUUUUCCUGCUGCAAAACACCUUCAACCCGCUCUACCAGAGUCCACUGAACUCGUACUAUUAAUGAGCGUGCGACCAGAGAGUGCAGGUGGACCAGCGCGAAACACUCACAUCCGCCAUGUGGACUUAGGGGGAGUGUCCGGGAUGGUUAUAGCAAACGCAUUUGGCAAUGAAGGGCCAGCUUAGCGGCAUUACUGCAAUAUCACGAUUAUCAUGCAAAACUUUACACAAACACAUUCACACGUACACUAUACAACACUGCGAUCGACAUUUGAACGAUCGGCACUGAUCGAGGUGGGUGGCCCCCCUUGCGAUAACACAUACAUACUAUUGUUCGAUUAGGCUUAGUGUGGAUUAGCCACUUAAGGAAGCAAAAAGUGAAAUACUAGGAAUAGACUAAGCGUCGCUAGGCACUUUCGGUACCGUACCAUUCGGUUACCCGGCCCACUAGAGGAUGCUUGUGGUGUAAAAUGACUUACUUGGAGAAACGUUUCAUCGAUGGGGGAGAAGCUUUUUGCUGCAUCCUUACUUACCAGUGAUGCAAACAAUCAUUUUUGAGCUACCUACUUUCGAGGUGCUUAGCAUCGAAAUUUAGCUAAAAAGGUGUUAGCGGGAGACGUAUUGCCAUCUUCCCGCGCCAAGGCCUCCAUCGAUGGAACGUUUCUUCGACACGACGGUAUUUAUCAGUAAUGUAACGACAACGAGAAGCGAAAUGAAUGCAAAACAAUACUCGUACUUGGAUCGUCAAACGACUAGACAGCAAUCGGGACUAGUGAUUUAGCGGAGGGUUAAGUAAAUUUGAUUUAAAGAAGUAAAAAUAAAUUAAAAAUAAAUAAAAAGCACAACGCCAACAAAUGGAGAAAGCA